AUGGAAAUAUUCAAGAAAAGAAAACCUUCUGAGUUCUUAGAGCUGGCUGGAUCUUUAACAUGUGGUUUGACCGUUUUUGAGGUUGUUCGUAAUCCCCGCAUGGCGGAUAAAUUCGAAUACCAAAAUCUGCAAACAAGCCUAAAUGAGUCUGGGUUGCGAGAUGAGAUCAGCUGUGCUAUUUGUUCUGGAAUUGUUCAUAAAUGCGUUGUCAUAAAAACGUGUUUGCAUAGAUUUUGUUCUUCUUGUAUAGAGAAAUGCGUUCGGAUAGGGUUGAGAGAGUGUCCAAAGUGCAGGAAACAUGUUCCUUCAAGAAGGUUUCUCAAACCUGAUCCGAUCUACGAUUCCAUCAUCUCCAGACUCAUACCAAAUGUGAAGGUAUUUGAGGAACUUAGCGAUACUAUAAUUAUGGCAAUAAACAAAGGAAUGAAAAAUGAUUCUACCAUUGAAGCCAUACGAUCGAAGUUUUUCAAUGAAGAUUCGAAAAUUUCAAUAGAUUCACUCAAUUCUGUUGAUGAAAGUUUUAACCUGAGGGAAUUUUCAGUAACCAGCAUAUUUGACAGUAAAUUGUAUAUUAAAGAAAUCAAACAAAGGAGAAAGGCUGUUCUAGAUUCACUACCAAAAACACCGCCGUUUGACAAGCUUCCAUACAGACUAAUCGCAGAAUCUAAUCUUCCACAAGUAAUCCCUGACCUGAUUUACGGGGACGGGACAAUAACUCUCAAUCACCUAUCUUCUUACAUAAAGACGAUGCUCGAUCUCCCUAUUGAUCUCAAGUUAUUGUUGCGUAUAAAGGAAAAAUCGUCCAUACCUCCGCCAACUGCAACCAUGAAUUAUCUGAGAAAUGUGGCAUGUAUUCUAUCACACGAAACUUUAAGCAUCUACUAUAGUGCAGAGACUAAUAACUAGAUA